CUCUACUCGGAUCAUCGUGCAGCCGCGGGGCAUUUCGUCAUUCAGAUUUAGGUUAGGUAGCGGGAGGUACAACUUCAAUAUUAAUUAUGUACAUCUUAAGGUACUUUAAUAUUUUAACAUUUUCGACGGCGCAUGAUUAAAUAAUAUUUACCACAUCUUCUAAUAAGGUGACUUAUUUCUUAGGGGUAGUUGUCUAUAAAAAGAACUGCACCUGAAGACGCCCCCCGUUCGACUUUCUCGAAUAACAUUAUCUUGUCCCACUACAAAGAAUGGCGACCGUCAAGUUUGACGAUCUCGCUUUGCAGUAUGUUCUCGCAGAUGAGAAUGAUCAGGAACAAGCAAUAUCAGAGAAAGCGGCAACAGCGAUUCAAGAGUCUACGAACACCAGAAUAGCCGUUGGUCAGUGGGUCGCUUCUAUAAACCGUUGGAUUCAACCAGGUGAUGAUUCGAGCGAUGAUAACCUCAUUACCCGAGCAAAGGCCCUAGACUUUCUAGCUAGCACCCUUGGUAUCCUCAAGAAGAGAGAUGUAUCAUUGACAGCCGACCAAAUUAAACUCUUGGUAACUUUCUUCGGCUCCCUCUUUUCGAGUGACCAUCGAGCUGGAGUUACAGCUUCAGCAAAAGCGUUAAAACACCUGGUUAGCAUGAAGUCAUUCCAACCCAUUCUAGGAGAUGAUAUAAUUGCAAACAUCUGUAAGCUGGGUGAUGAUUUCAAACUACAGGCCCCAGCGACACGCCUGGAGCUUUACGAAUUAUUUCUUGGGCUACUCCAAGAUCCCGCCGUGGCCAAUCAUCUUGAAUACCGCCACGGAAGUACGUGCGGAUUUAUGACCAGCCUUCUAGACCUGUGCAGAAACGAAAGAGAUCCACAGAAUCUAAUCAAGUGGUUUGAGACUCUAAAAAUAUUUCUACAGAAUUUCUCACCCUCGGAAGAUAUUACGUUGGAGGUCUUCAAAACAUUCUCGGCUUAUUUUCCCAUUUCUCUGCGGUCAUCAGCUACACCGUCAGGUAUUACCGCUGACGACCUGAAGAGCGCUGUGCGGUCGUGCUUUGCUGCCCAUUACCGCCUGGCCAAUCAUGCGAUACCGUAUCUCGUUAACAAGCUCGACCAGGGGGACGCGGUGACCGUUACCGUAAAGGUCGACAUCCUACAGACGCUUGACGCAUGUUUAGUCCAAUACGAGCAUCCUAAGCAAAGUGUCGUCCCGUUUGUUGAUCAGAUCUGGAGCUCGCUGAAAUACGAGGUUCGAAACGGGGAGAUCCCUGAUACCAUCAAGGCAACUCUAAAGGUCAUACGAUCCCUUACUGCACGGCUUGACGAGGAUGAGCUUCGAUCGUUCUUAGCAAGCUCUUGGAGAGACCUUGUCGAAGACAUAUCUAGUCCAACCUAUACAGCUCAAGCUGGUAGACUUCUAGUCGCAAUCUCUGGGGCUGGGCCCCAGUCGUUUUCGAGUAUCACCCCCCAAGCCAUUUCUCACAUCCAAUAUACGCUUAAACAUACUCAAUCUACGUCGCAUAAACAGGAGCUAGUGGCAUUACUGAACUCGAUUCUCACCAUACGGUCACACCUAGUUGAUACAUUAAAGGACAACCCCGACACGAAUGGCAGCCCGAAUCUACUAAAUGAUGAACUAUUCGGUGACUCGCUAUUUUCUGAGGUUUAUGCACCUCUAUGGAAGGAAACUUCGGGUGCUCAGGUAAAAGAGCAAGGCGGCGUCUUCAAAAAGACCUUGGAAGGACUUGCCACUCUCGCAGGACAGCGGUCCAGUGACACCGACUCUUCUCGCCAGUUAUGUUCUCGUUCUAUUUGCGAGAAGAUUUUCAAUUGGCUUGCGAGCCCGUCGAUCGUAUAUCCGCUGGAGGGCAAACAGUUCAAUGAAACUAAUAGUGAGGCAAAUCAAGACAUUCGUGAUGCUGCUGUUACAGCGCUCAAGGAAGCUGUUCCUCUGUACCCUCCUGCCUUUCAACUUCUGCUACAACAAUACCUGUCCUCACUCAAGGUAGCGUACCAACAGCAACUCGCUCUACAUGAGCUUCCUCUGGAGAUUAAAUUGGUUGCUGGUACCUUAUGCGAAGUUGGCGCCUCAGGUUCGCUCGAGAAACGGUCAUUAUUAUCAAAUUCCGUCUCUUUGAUCAACACCCUACUGAAAGGUUUAUUAUGGAUGCUUUCGGUACAGGCCCCAAUAAGAUAUUGGACUGCACUCAUAUGUUCCAUCCACUUCUCUAUUAUACAGUCUCUGAGUUCAAGCUCAGAGCAAACACUCAAAUCCUCGCAACCAAGGCCUUAUACCAUUACCAAGGAAUGGCAUAGUCAAUUUGUCCAAAGUAUCGAGAACGCCGGGGCCCCUCGACUUGACUUGAGCAAGUUUGGAAAUCCCGAACUGGUAACCCAGGCGCUUGAGCAACCAGAGAUACAGGAUAUCGACGUCCACAAGAUAUUGUUAUCGUAUUCUCUCUCCAUCGUCGAACAAUUAUACCGUCGUUUUACCACUGUUCAGUACCACAGUGCCGAGAACAACGGAGGCAGUCCCCAAAUAGGACUCAGUAAAGACUUCAAGGAAGGACAUGACUCUAGUGUCGAACAAGAUAUAUGUCUUCACCAACUCGGUCUACUAGCUGCAUCAGUAGUUCGUGCGUUAAACGGGGACGAGCAGAAAGCUCUCAACUUGAGCAAAAAUGCGUUUAUUCUCUUCCAUAACGUGGAUUCGGACAAUGCUGAUGUGUCAAUAAAUUUACCCUCGGAGAAUAUUGGAGUGAGCCCGUUAGACGAAUUCCGUACAGCACCUUUAUCAAUGGGUAUACUUCAAGGCCUCCAUCCUGGCGUGAUGGACGUAGAGUACCAUACCAACGCGAUGAAGAAUAUUUGCACUGUUCUGACCACAUUCCCGUCGCCCUGUUCUGAUACGACAAGGGCUGCCUUAGAUAUUAUUCUUACGAUAUUAUCGAACAAGCUCCGCUUAGAAGACGAAAACUAUAGCAACGCAAAACUGCAAAUCCAACAAAACCUGACCGAUGUCCUAGCCAAAAUCUCGAGUCAGGAUCCGGGAUUUAGUGUUCGCGUCUUCCGCAGCAUUCUUCAUUUCUUAGCCGGAGAUGUGGCACGAUUCCGGAGUACUCCUGAUACACAUAACUCACUGCUCAAAUUGGUGUGCGAAAAGGCCCCAUCGGAACCCACAGUAGGCCGCCAGUUGGCAAGGAACUUUGAAGUCCUCGUCAGUCCUAAGGAGUGCUUGGAGAAAGAAAACCACGCGAUUAUAAAGAGACUGAGCGGCGAGUGGCUGUACUUCAAAGCUGUCCAGCCUUACUUGAAGGACUGCUUCCCCAAUUCGGGUGUGGACGAGACUGUGGCCGUUAAUCGUGCCGUAAUGGUGUUCGCUAUCCUAAAGCACCUCCAGUACGAGCAAUACGCCAGUGACAUUGAGCAGAUCGUACGUAUCGGUAUCCGGUCUCUAUCAACUUUUAAUACGGGGCUAGAAAUGGAGUCUUGCCUUCAUGUUUUGCUCCAGGUUCUUGAGAAGGGGCCGAACGCGCUCAAAGAGCAUCUCGCUGGCCUGAUCUCAGGGAUGGUCACGGUUUACGAGACGGCCAGAAAGGAGCCCAAAACUACAGGGCCUAAAGAAGAUGCUACGGGGGCCAGAACCAAAUCAAAGGAACGAGUUCUGUGCCGAAAGUUCGCGUUGGAAUUCUUCCAGAAACUACCGAACUCGUACGAGUCUCAGUAUCUUGUGCCUUAUCGCCAGCAACUGCUACGUCCCCUUUCAGCAGCCUGUGGCGACUCGGUUAGGGAGAUUCGACGGAUAGCACUGGGGGCAAGGAAGGCUUGGGAAGAGCUUGCUUGAAGACUCACUACUGGAACUUAAUGUGACCUAGCUAGAUAGUCGGCCGAGAUAGUACUACACGUAGUUACUCUAGUUCAGAUAAGAGGUUGAGUCCUCUAGAAGGGUUCCAACUACUAUCAGCCUGUAAGCUAGGAACUGAAUAUACCUAUGCGAAUGGUCUUGCAACGCUGCAUUCAAGCACGU